ACACUGAGUCAGAACCAUCAGAAGUAACAGAUUCUGAGCUUAUUCAAUUUAAUCUUUCAGAAACUGACGUAGAUUGCAUGUCAGAAGAAGAAACUGCAAAUCAAGCAGUACAGGAAGAUUUGAUAACUUUAGAGGAAGACAAUAGUGAGCAACCAGAGGUAACCCCUUAUUUGAUUUUUAGUGAAUCUAGUUAUACUUCCGGAGGAAGAAGUAGCAAAAUAAUUGUCAAGGAAGAGUCAACUGAGAAGCAUCAAGAAGAGGAUACAGAGGGUAAGCAAGAAACUACAGAGGAGGAAAAUGAAGAUACAGACUCAAACCCUACAGCCUCAGACCAAGAAGAAGGUGACGAGACAACAGAAAGUCUAGCAAAAAAACUAGCAGAAUUUGAAAACAAAACAAAUCAGGAACCUGUCGAACCAUACGAAAUUUACUCAGACCAAGAGUCAGAUACCUUGUACGUUCGACAUACAUCAAGCAGUGAAGAAGCAAGUCCAGAAAAGAAAAAUAAAGAGAAGGAGAUAAUCUCAGAAAUAGAUCCAGAAGAUUCAGGCAAAGAAAUUCAAAUACCAAGUCCAACAGAAUCAAUCAAAAUGAGCACCAUGACGGCAAUGGAUGCAACUCAGACAACUGGUAGUCUGUCUAAUAUAUUUCAAGGAGUAGCUGCUAUGGCCCCUUCUACAACCAGUGGAUCAACUGGGGGAUAUGACAUAAUAGAAACUUUAGGAUUGAAGACUCUUUUUCAACCACAGUGCUGGGCAAUGAACUGUAGAAACCCGGUUGAUUCUGAAAAUAAAAAAUGCCCCAGUUGUUGUCAAUGUGCUAGCCAAGGAUGUGGGGGAAUAGCACUUGGAGUCAGAAAAUGGUGUAGCUAUUGUCGAGAUAAGUGUAAGGUACCUAUGUGUCAAAAUAAUAGAGUAAUUGGGAAACCUAAUUGUGAAAAUCAUAGUAAGGAAGGACCAGCACCAUGUGCAUGGUCUGGAUGUAGACAACCUGCGAAAGAAUCAGGGGAUUUUUGUGCAGAAUGCCAGGAGAAUGUAGAUAAGAUGUGUGAGACCUGGCGAUGUUUUGAACCGAAAUGUAGCGAGUCGGCACAAUAUUGUCAAGGGUGUUGGGAUAAGGAGUAUGAUGCGGCAAAAAGACGGCUACAAAU